AUGUCGUCCUCCACGCGUGUCGUCGACAUUCACACGCACAUGUACCCUCCUUCGUACAUCAGCAUCCUCGAAUCCCGCUCUACUAUCCCGCUGGUUCGGAGCUUUCCUGAGACGCCCGAUCCGCGGCUUAUCCUCCUAGAAGCAGAGGUCAAGACUCUUGAGGAGGCCACCCAAGAUGCUGCCGCAAAGCUACCCGGCCGUCCUUUGACGUCGCAUUAUGCGUCCCUCGCUCAGAAGAUGCACUUUAUGGACACACACCACAUAGACAUCUCUGUCAUUUCUCUCGCGAAUCCGUGGUUGGACUUCUUGGACCCGUCUGAGUCAGGCCCAAUGGCCGAGUCCGUCAACAAUGAGUUCUCGAGCAUGUGUGGUCAGCAUCCUGGACGGCUCUACUUUUUCGGCACACUCCCCCUUACAGCGUCGCUUGACGUUGUGCUCUCCUCAAUAGAGCACCUCAAAGGCCUCAAAUACUGCCGAGGAGUCAUCUUGGGAACAUCUGGGCUUGGGAAAGGACUUGACGAUCCCAAUCUCGUCCCCAUAUUCGAGGCCGUCGCCGCUGCCCAGCUGACCAUCUUCCUCCAUCCUCAUUAUGGCCUCCCCAUCGAGGUCUGGGGCCCAAGGGCUAGCGCCGAGUACGGCCAUGUCCUUCCCUUGGCUCUGGGCUUCACCAUGGAAACCACCAUUGCGGUGACGAGAAUGUACCUCUCGGGCGUGUUUGACAAGGUGCGUGAGCUGCGCAUGAUCCUCGCCCACAGCGGCGGAACGCUGCCGUUCCUCGCUGGCCGAAUAGAGAGCUGCAUCAUGCAUGACGGGCAGCUUGUGAGCGAGGGCAAGGUUGGCAAAGGUCGUCGGACGGUGUGGGAUGUAUUGAAAGAGCAGGUGUACCUCGAUGCGGUUGUCUACUCGGAGGUUGGACUCAGGGCCGCUAUUGAUGCCAGCGGUGCAGACCGGCUCAUGUUUGGCACUGACCACCCAUUCUUCCCUCCUCUCACUACCGAUGAGCAAGGGGAGUGGGAAAGCGUUAGCAUGAAUGCUGCAGCAGUCUCCAAGGCGGUGGGCGAGGGCUCGGCUGAGGCCAAGGCCAUCAUGGGAGGGAAUGCCAUCGAUAUCUUGCGUCUCAACGAGGAUGCAUGA